UUUGACAUUAAUUUAGGGGGACAUGGCUAAUUCAAAAGAAGUUUGCUAGAGGCAAGCUGGCUGCUGUUGCUAGCAACACUUUACCGAUUGUUUGAAAGUGUUAUGUCCCCGGCCUAAUCCGGGCCGGGAUUUCUGUUUUCUGGAUUUCUGUGCCGGCUCCAGGUUUCAUGCCAUACUCCAUUCCUCCUGUGUAAUUGACACACCUGCAACCCAUCCCCUCAUCAGCACCACAGUAUUUCAACCCCGGUUUUCCUGUCACUCAUCGCCAGUUCAACGCUUCGUCCAGAAGACCACAUCCUCCGGUUCAUCAGCCUGCCUGCCACACCUGCCUGCCCCACCGGAUCUCCUUCGCUCUCCUUCACCUCAAUUCAAUAAACCAGUCAACUUGACCUUCAGUGGAGUCGUGCAUUUGGGUCCACACCCCAGUAGCCAGUUGGUCCAACAUAACAGUUUGAACUGGCCAUGAGCGACCCAGCCGACUCGGACGUCGAUCCUGUUCGCAGGGCAAUCGGCCACCAAGGUGCAGUACUGGCAUGUCAUGAGGAAACCAUGCAGAACCUCUCCCGCACCCUCGCUGAAGUCCUGGCUGCCCUGGGGUCCUUACAGCCUCCCCAGGGCCCUCCUGCUCCUCCGGCAGAGUCCCCGCCUGUCGCUGCUCCUUACCACCGAGAACCCCAUGUCACAGCCCCAGAGCGCUUCACCAGUGAGCCAGGACGCUGUCGUCCAUUCCUGCUUCAGUGCUCCCUGGUAUUCGAACAGCAACCGUCAUCCUAUCCCACAGACAGGGCAAGGAUAGCCUAUGUGAUCGGUGCUCUGUCUGGAAGGGCGCUUUCCUGGGCCACCGCGGUCUGGACCACCGGGGGCUCGCUGAGCUCCUCAUAUGGGUCCUUCACUGGAGAGCUGCUGAAAGUGUUUGAUCACCCUGAAGGGGGGCCGGAUCCUGGGAAGCGCCUCACGUCACUCCGUCAGGGUCUCCGUGGUGUGGCCGAUUACACCAUAGAGUUCCGGACACUUUCGGCUGAGAGCGGCUGGAACAAUGCCGCGCUGCGGGCUGUUUUCCACCAGGGACUGACUGAGACCAUGAAGGAUGAGUUGGCUUCCCGGGACGAACCAACUGACCUGGAACAGCUCAUCUCUUUGUCUAUUCGGUUGGACAACCGGCUCCGUGAGCGCCGCCGUGAAAGGGUUCCUCGCUCCCAGCCACGUCCCUUGUCCCCCCUUCGACGCCCACAGUCACCCCCACCUCGAACACCGGCAUCCCCUGGUACCCAUCUGAACAGCGAGCCUGAGCCCAUGCAGCUCGGCCGUGCAAGGUUGACUCCUGAGGAGCGGGCACGCAGAAGAGCCGAGGGUGCCUGUCUGUACUGCGGUCAACCUGGACACCUGGUGGCCACCUGCCCUACUCGCCCGGGAAACGAACGGGCCCGCCAGUAGUA